AUGUCCAAGCCUCACAGCCUCAACGGGAGCGAGUCCGAGUUCGAGUUCAUCGAAACUCCCAGGGCUCCCACCCCCAACUUCGAAAAGUUUGAAGAGUGCGGUGUGCGAACCACGUCGUAUCCAGCAAUCAAGAAUGCUCCUCUCCCCGCCGAUUCCGUCGGUGCCGACAGCUUCUCCAACACCCUGCUCUUCUCGCUGCUCGGUGGCGUUCCUAUCUGGCUGUCCUGGAAGGUCGGAGGUGGUCUGAAGACGGCUAUCUUCUUCGCCGUCUUUACGAGCAUUCCCAUACUUGCCGUCUUCUGGAUGACAGUGUCCGCCAUCAGCCCUCGAAGAAACGAGAAAGCCAAAUUCCCUGGCCGUCCCAUCGAACACUACCUCAUCUUCAAGAAGCGAUCCGACCAGGCGAAAUACCAUGGCAAGAACAAAAUCCCCAUGGAGACCUUCUACGAGAUGUACUUUGACGGGGACGUCGACUUCAACGGCGACGCCCUGGAGAUUAUGGAAUACAGACAUGACUGGGCAAGCUUCCGUUUCACCUGGGGUCUCUGCAAGUACUUUGUCUUUGGCAUGAUGCCCGAGGUCAUCAUGCACUCGCGAAGCCAAGAUGAGGAACAGGUGCGUGACCACUACGACCGCGGUGACGAUUUCUACGGGUGGUUCCUGGGUCCUCGUAUGAUCUACACCUCGGGUGUCAUUUCCGAUAUCAACUCGGAGGAGUCUCUCGAACAGCUCCAGGACAAUAAGCUGGCCAUCGUGUGUGAGAAGAUCGAUCUGCAGGAAGGCGAGAGCAUGCUUGAUAUUGGCUGUGGCUGGGGUACUCUUGCCCGAUUCGCCAGCGUCAACUACGGCGCGCAUGCUACCGGUGUUACCCUCGGACGCAACCAGACGGCAUGGGGCAACAAUGCUCUUCGCAAAGUUGGCAUCCCUGAAGAACAGAGCAAGAUCCUGUGCAUGGACUACCGAGACAUCCCGCUGCCCGAGGGCGGCUACAAGAAGAUCACCUGUCUGGAGAUGGCUGAGCACGUUGGUAUUCGCAAGCUGGGUGGUUUCUUUAAGCAAGUGAACAACAUGCUCGACGACGACGGAGUUUUCUUCUUGCAGAUCGCUGGCCUCCGCAAGGACUGGCAGUACGAGGAUCUGAUCUGGGGUCUGUUCAUGAACAAAUACGUCUUCCCGGGUGCCGAUGCGUCAACACCUCUUGGCAUAGUCAUCGACAAGCUCGAGGGUGCCGGAUUCGAGAUCAAGGGAGUCGACACGAUUGGGGUCCACUACUCUGCUACUCUGUGGCGUUGGUAUAGAAACUGGAUGGCCAACCGCGAGAAGAUCGAGGCGAAGUACGGAAAGCGGUGGUUCCGAAUCUGGGAGUACUUCCUGUCUGCGUCAACCAUCACGUCGCGUCAAGGUGGCGCAACCUGCUGGCAGAUUGUGCUGGUCAAGAACAUUAACUCGACUCACCGCAUUGAGGGUAUCUCGACCCAGUUUGGUCUGAAGGGGGCUUUGCAGGCGGCAGCAAAGAAGUUGGACUUCGGAGCAUGGGCUAAGAAGAACGCCGACCAGUUCCCAACGUCGGCUGCUCAGUAG